AUGUCAGUGACAGACACAAGCGGCUUAGCUCAGCUCAUCUCUUCGCUGGACAUUAGGGGCACCCAGCGUUCACAGAAUGGUGCAAAGGCGCUUGAUACGAGAUCAGCGCAGGAAUUGGCAAAGAAACUCCACCAAAUACUUGGAGACGAAAAUUCUGGCCCACUGGUGAAGCAUAAUGAGAAGGGCCAGAUCUUGAAUGAAGAGGGGUUACCCGUGAUUGAUAUAACAGAAAAUGCUGGAAUGAGCGAUGGAUUGCGCCCUUCUUCAAUUGUGCCUCAAGCGACAAUUCAUAUACCUCUAUCCGCCCUCACAGAAGCUCAGAAGGACGAACGGCGACGGGACGUGGACCGGAUACUGGACGAGCUGGAGAAAGAAGAGGAGGAAGAGGAAAGGAAACGAGCAACUCAAACUGAGAGAGAAGCCGUGGAGACAUUGAAAGAGGAGAAGGAGAGGGCGGCAGAUAAUAUGGCGAAGGCGCUUGCCGCAACGAAUAAGUUAAUGUACCAGCAACGAUCAAUGCCUUCCAAAUCAGCACAAACUACUCGAUCCUCAAUAUCAUCAAAAGCCCCGUACUCCCACGCAUCUGAGACAGUAACAAAAUCUUCCCAAGCCGAAUCUGAUUUCCCUACUUCUCGGCCUCAAUCGAAUGGGAAACCGAGCAAGAGGGUCACGUUUUCCGCUGGUGCUAGUAAUGAAGCCAAACAUGAGGCAGAACCGAUAGGCGAAAUGGGAGAUGUCGUUAUAGGCCGCCUACACUCCAGGAACUCUGGAACUCUAGCCGAGCAACCCAUGAAGCUGCAUGUUGUAGAGCGGACGCCUGCCGCCGCCUCCGCCAACAGCAGCGGAGCGAAGAUUGAGAUCGUCGAGGAUUCUGACGAUGACUCCGAUUUCGAUGGUGACGAGGAUGACUUCUAUACUAUCCUGGCCCAAGAUCAUCGCGCAAAUUUGGAUGAAGACGAGGAGUUGGUUGAAGACGACGACGAAGAGGGCACUGAGUCUGGCGAAGACUUUGAUACAGCCAUGCUGCAACGGGAAGCUGCUGAAAUGUACUAUUCCAAGCGAGAAGACUUGCGAGCGAGUAUCGGGUCCUUUGCUGGGUUUGGUCAGAUUGCUGUGCCAGGAGAAGGUUGGGACCCAGAAGAUGUGAGACAGAUCUCUGAGAAUACCGUCUCUAUGCUGAUCAUCACCAAGGUAGAAACUUUGAGUCCGUCCAGUGGACGUAGGAAGACCUAUAUCGCCUCUCGUUUCAAAUCCGCUCGCGCCGCUCGCUCUUUUCUAGCCACAUGCGUGCUGCCUCCUGGCACCACGAUAUCUGAUAAAGAUCUCGUUGGCGUCGUACGGUCCGGAAAGCUAGACAACAGAGGCCAGCUUGUCGUGAAUGAAGAGGACGAGGUGGAAGACGAAGCAGAUAUCGGGCCCAAAGGCUAUGAAAUGAUCGAAGCACUGCGACGCGGCGGCGAGACAUCAACAUCAACGCGGGUGACUGUGUCUGGUACAGAGCCCACAAUUCCAGCCGUGACUUCGUCGAAUGUAAAAUCUGUAGAGGCUUCUUCUACUCAACCCAGGACGUCAAAGUUCAUGGCUGCCCGGCAAACUUCGGAAGUUCCAAAGACAUCGUCCCCGCUGGAGUCCCCGCCGGAGUCCGUUCAAGAAGAACAAGUACUGUCGCAGACAACGCGUCGGACAGCUUUAUCAAGCACAGUCUUCGAGAGACAAAUGAAAGUGAAUCCUGUAUUACUGCCAGAAGCGACAGGUGCGACCGGUCAGUCUACUGCAUCACCUGUGAAGGCCUCGCGUUUUAAAGCACGGCGCUCUGGUCAAUAG